UAUUUUCAUAGAGUUAAGAAUAAUGAAAAAGUGUUAAUUAAAUAUAAUCAUGCCUUCUACUGUUGCAGAACCAACAAUUAUAGAUGUCUGGAAUUACAAUAUGGAUGAUGAAUUUCAUAAGAUACGUGAAAUUAUGGUCAACUAUCCUUAUGUUGCAAUGGAUACAGAGUUUCCAGGUGUAGUAGCACGUCCUAUUGGUGAUUUUAAAAGCUCUUCAGAUUAUCAAUAUCAACUUUUAAGAUGUAAUGUUGACCUUUUGAAAAUUAUUCAGAUAGGUUUCACAUUUUAUAACGAUAAAGGAGAACAGCCUAAUACUGGCUCAACAUGGCAGUUUAAUUUUCGAUUUAAUUUAGGUGAAGACAUGUAUGCUCAAGAUUCUAUUGAUCUGCUUGUUGGAUCUGGUAUUCAAUUUAAAGGCCAUGAAGAAGAUGGUUGUGAUGUUAAUCACUUUGCUGAACUCAUGUACACAUCAGGCAUAGUUUUAUCUGAACAAGUCUUUUGGCUAUCUUUUCAUAGUGGCUAUGACUUUGGCUACCUGCUCAAAUUACUUACAAAUGAAGCUCUACCUGCAGAAGAAGCUGAUUUUUUUGAAUUAUUAAGGAUGUUCUUCCCAAAAAUAUAUGAUGUUAAAUACCUCAUGAAAAGUUGCAAGAGUUUAAAGGGAGGUUUACAAGAAGUUUCUGAAAUUUUAGAGUUAGAAAGAAUUGGUCCACAACACCAAGCUGGUAGUGAUAGCCUACUCACUGGUGCAGCUUUUUUUAAAAUGAGAGAGAUGUUCUUUGAAGACAACAUCGAUGAUGACAAAUACUGCGGUCACCUGUUUGGACUUGGAGCUUCCUAUGCAAAUGGAAAUUCAGCUUUAGCAUAUAAAGCCAGUGCAGGAGGAAUAGAUACAUCGUCUUGAUGAUAUUUUUUGUAUUAUAUAGUUAAUAAAAUAAGUCGUAAAUAGUU